UAUUUUCCUUUUUGAAUGUUUUUGCACUGGCAAGAAUGUCCAAUAGAGAGUGAAAAUAAGAGAACAGUCUUGGUUUUGCCUGUAUUUUUAAUGGAUUCACCCCUCUUGUAAAAAUGAUCAUGGCUGCUGUUCCUCAAAAUAAUCUACAGGAGCAACUGGAGCGUCAUUCAGCCAGAAAACUUAAUAAUAAAUUAAGUUUUUCAAAACCAAAAUCUUCAGGUUUCACUUUUAAAAAGAAAAUAUCUGCAGCCAAUGAUGUAUCUGUGACUAGUGUGUCAGUAGCCAAAACACCUGUGUUAAGUGAUAAAGACAUUAAUGUUACUGAGGCCUUUUUCUUCAGUGAACCUUUAGCCCACACCACAAGUCAGCAGACAGAGAUCGAUGACUUUCAAAAUGCUCCAGCAAGACAGCAAACCAAGAGAGCUGGUUCAAAACCAUUACUGCCGGAUUUGGUGCAGGAAGUUUUACAUACUACCCAGAGCACACCGAUUAUAAAGGAAUCUCGUGAUCCUGCUUUCAAGAAAUUAGAAUUUAGUUCUUCAUCAGAUUCUUUUAUUGCCAUCAACAAUUGGGAUGAUAUGGAUGACUUUGAUACUUCUGGAAAUUCAAAAGCAUUUGUUACGCCACUCAGAAAUCACUUUGUAAGAGUAAGCACUGCUCAGAAAUCAAAAAAGUCUAAGAGAAACUUUUUUAAAGCACACCUUCAUAAAGCAAAUACAGUAAAGGUUGAUUUGACUUCUUCCUCCUCUGAAAGCAACCAAGUAUAUUCCACUAAAGAACAGAAGGCUGACUCCAAAUGGUUAAAUAGCGGUGUGAUUUGCAUUGAUGACAGCCCCAAUUCCCAAGAGCUUAUAAAUGAAGAUUCUCAGGAUAGUCACUCUUUAAAAACUCAUUUAAGAGAGGAAGGAGAUAAUAGUGAAAAGAAGAAAAACUUCGAAGAAACUGAAUUAUAUUCCAUCGAGAAAUCACCAUGUAUUGAGCUUGAUGAAGAUGAUUAUGAUAUAGAUUUUGUUCCACCUUCUCCAGAAGAAGAAAUGACUUCUGCCUCUUCUUCCUCUUUAAAAUGCUUUAGUAUGUUAAAGGACCUUGACACCUGUGACCAAAAGAAGGAAAGUUUUGGCACAUCAGAGGAUUUGACAAAACCUGAGAAAAUGCCUACUCAGCAGUCUAACGAAGAAAGCAGCACAGACUGUGACGCUAAACAGAUAAAUUUACAGCAGCAGCUUAUUCGUGUGAUGGACAACAUCUGUAAUUUAGUUGAUACUAUUCCUGAUAAUGAGCUGAAAUCUUUGGAUUGUGGGAACAACCUGCUUCAGCAGCGGAACAUAAGAAGGAAGCUCCUAGCCGAAGCAGAUUUUAACCCAGGCGAUGCCGGCGUUCUUGGUGUAGUGUGGAGGUGUAGGCCUGAUGCGCUUGGUAGCCCCAUGGGGGAUGUGGCAUCUGUUUCCUCACCUUAUGCAUUUCCAAAGGGCGAUUUCUGCCCUAGGGGGAAUUCUGAUGAGUUCAAUUUUCCACUUGUUCCCUCAAAUUCCAUUUCUACUGGGGAAUGUUUAGUGACUACUACCCCAGGAAGGGCAGGAUUCUCAGCCACCAGGAAGAAUCUCACUGAAGGACCAUCAUUCAUUUCCCAUGUACAGCAAUGCUUUGUGAGUAGUGACCAGGCUGACACACCAAGGAUAGAAAAAAGAAAUGAAAGCUCUCAUUUCCCAAGAAAUGUUCUCACAAGCACUGCCAUGACAGAUCAGAAUGAACACAUUGCUUCAGUAGACUUAGAAAGAGAAAUCCAGGCUUCCUAUGAUACUGAUAAUUUUGACAUAGAUGGCUUUGAUGAUGAUGAUGAGUGGGAAGAUAUAAUGCAUAACUUAGCAGCCAGCAAAUCUUCCACAGCUGUCUAUCAACCUAUUAAGGAAGGUCGGCCAGUUAAGUCAGUAUCAGAAAGAGUUUCUCCAUCCAAGACAAACUGUCUUCCAGUGGCAUCUACCCCUCAAAAUAAAAACUUCUCGGAAUCAAUUCAGAAUUACACUGAUGAGUCGGCACAAAAUUUACCAUCUAGACAUCUGAAACAUGAGCGUUUCCAAAGUCUUAGUUUUCCUCAUACAAGAGAAAUGAUGAAGAUUUUUCAUAAAAAAUUUGGCCUGCAUAAUUUUAGAACUAAUCAGCUAGAGGCGAUCAAUGCUGCACUGCUUGGUGAAGACUGUUUUAUCUUAAUGCCCACUGGAGGCGGUAAAAGUUUGUGUUACCAGCUUCCCGCCUGUGUUUCUCCUGGGGUCACUAUUGUCAUUUCUCCCUUGAGAUCACUUAUAGUAGAUCAAGUCCAAAAACUGACUUCACUGGAUAUUCCAGCUACAUAUCUGACAGGUGAUAAGACUGACUCCGAAGCUACAAGUAUUUACCUCCAAUUAUCAAAAAAAGACCCUAUUAUAAAACUUCUAUAUGUUACUCCAGAGAAGGUCUGUGCAAGUAACAGACUGAUUUCUACUCUGGAGAAUCUGUAUGAGAGGAAUCUCUUGGCACGGUUUGUUAUUGAUGAAGCACAUUGUGUCAGUCAGUGGGGACAUGAUUUUCGUCAAGAUUACAAAAGAAUGAAUAUGCUUCGCCAGAAGUUUCCCUCUGUUCCAGUGAUGGCUCUUACUGCCACAGCUAAUCUCAGGGUGCAGAAGGACAUCCUCACUCAGUUGAAGAUUCUCAGACCUCAGGUGUUUACCAUGAGCUUUAACAGACAUAAUCUGAAAUACUAUGUGUUACCAAAAAAACCUAAAAAGGUGGCAUUUGAUUGUUUAGAAUGGAUCAGAAAGCAUCACCCACAUGAUUCAGGGAUAAUUUACUGCCUCUCCAGGCGAGAAUGUGACACAAUGGCUGACACCUUACAGAAGAAUGGUCUUGCUGCUCUUGCUUAUCAUGCUGGCCUCAGUGAUUCUGCCAGAGAUGAAGUACAGCACAAGUGGAUCAAUCAGGAUGGCUGCCAGGUUAUCUGUGCAACAGUUGCAUUUGGAAUGGGGAUUGACAAACCCGAUGUGCGUUUUGUGAUCCACGCAUCUCUCCCUAAAUCUGUGGAGGGCUACUACCAAGAAUCUGGCAGAGCAGGACGAGAUGGGGAAGUAUCUCACUGUCUGCUUUUCUAUACCUAUUAUGAUGUGACCAGACUGAAGAGACUUAUACUGAUGGAAAAAGAUGGAAACCAUCAUACGAAAGAGACUCACUUCAAUAAUUUGUAUAGUAUGGUACAUUACUGUGAAAAUAUAACAGAAUGCAGGAGAAUACAACUUUUGGCUUACUUUGGGGAAAUUGGAUUUAAUCCUGAUUUUUGUAAGAAAUACCCAGAUGUUUCUUGUGAUAAUUGCUGUAAAACAAAGGAUUAUAAGACACGAGAUGUGACUGAUGUUACAAAAAACAUUAUAAGAUUUGUUCAAGAACAUAGUUCAUCACAAGGAACAAGAAAUAUAAAACAUGUAGGUCCUUGUGGGAGAUUUACUAUGAAUAUGCUUGUCGACAUUUUCUUGGGGAGUAAGAGUGCAAAAAUUCAGUCAGGGUUGUUUGGAAAGGGGUCUACGUAUUCACGACACAAUGCCGAAAGACUUUUUAAAAAGCUGAUACUCGACAAAAUCUUGGAUGAAGACUUAUAUAUCAAUGCCAACGACCAACCAAUUGCCUAUGUGAUGACUGGAAGUAAAGCCCAAACUGUACUAAACGGGCAUUUAAAGGUAGACUUUAUGGAAACGGAAAAUUCCAGCAGUAUUAAAAAGCAAAAAGCCUUGGUGACUAAGGUGUCUCAGAGGGAAGAGGUGGUUAAGAAAUGUCUUGGAGAACUUACAGAAGUCUGCAAAGCUCUGGGAAAAGUUUUUGGUGUUCAUUACUUUAAUAUCUUUAACACUGCUACUCUCAAGAAGCUUGCAGAAUCUUUAUCUUCUGAUCCUGAGGUUUUGCUUCAAAUUGAUGGUGUUACUGAAGACAAACUGGAAAAAUAUGGUGCAGAAGUGAUUCCAGUAUUACAGAAAUACUCUGAGUGGACAUUGCCAGCUGAGGACAGUUCCCCACGAAUGAGCCCAUCCAGCAGCAGAGGGACUGGAAGAAUUAGCUCUGCAGAGUUCUAUGAGGAAACACCCAUAUCUUCUCACUACUUUGCAAAUAAAGCCAGAAAUGAAAGAAAGAGGAAAAGGAUGCCAGCCUCCCACAGGUCUAAAAGGAGAAAAAGUAGUUUCGGUGAUCUCAAGACAAAAGCGGGGUCCACAACAUGCAGAAAGACAUCUUCUAAAACUAAAUCCUCUGGUGUAUUCGGACCGAGUUCAGCUGUGCAUGGUUCUCAGGCAGCAUCAGGAGCCAGUAGAAAAUUGGGGCUCAUGGCCCCACCAAAGCCUGUAAAUAGACCGUUCCUCAGACCUUCAUAUGCAUUUUCGUAACAACUGAACCUCAAUGUACAGAGAUUUUAUAUCUUAUUUGUCAGCAUCUGACCAUCUGUGAAUAUAAAGCUGUUAGUUUCAAUAUACCGUUUGUAAUUUUUACCCGUCUCUAUUAAUAUUUAAAUAAAUGAUUGGGGUGACAGUUCUUAUUUUUAAAAUAAACAUUUUCUUUUGAAUAAGCAUCAUUUGCUGCCACUGCAAGCUUUGUGGCUGUUGUUUCUGAGAACGUCUGAAGCAGCAGCUGAAUCAUCUCAGUGAGAGAAAUUCUCAGCACGACAUGAAACACAGAAGCUGAAGGAAAAGACAUGCAUGGGAUGUUAUGAAACUAAAACUUUCUGCAGAAGACAAAAUUAGAAGACAAAUGACAGAGAAAAUAUGAAAAACAUGACAAAGGAUUAAUGUCAUUAAUCCUUUAAUGAUGUUAAAUCAUUAAGAAAAAAAGGACAGCCCAGUAGAAAAAAGGAUGUGAAUAGGCUCUUCUCAGAAGAAAUAAAAAUGGCACACAAACGUG